UUUAUCUGGUCUAUUCAAUGCUGUCUGCUAGCACUGAAUGGAAGUGAGCAGCUUGAACAUUCAGUUAAAUAUCUCCUUUUAUGCUCCAUGAAUCUCAAGUCAUCAAGUCACCCAGGUUUCAAACUGCAUUCAUUGAUGUGGAUAGCAUAACCAAGCUGUGGCCGCAGUGGAAAACAGCCCUUCCAGAGGUGCUCUAGCAUGUGUGCUAGAAAUUAUGAUUAAUCCUUGAAAAGGAAGAAAGGAAGCCAUGUCAUUCUUUGGCUUAGACUGUACAAGGAAGAAAGAAAAAGAGGUGGAGAGGAAAAUCAGAGCAAAUGACAGAGAAUAUAACUCAUCAUUCAAAUACGCUACCAAUUCCAUCAAGACCUCCAAAUACAACCCCUUCACUUUUCUGCCUCUCAACUUGUUUGAGCAGUUCCAGAGGAUCGCUAAUGCCUACUUCCUCUUCUUGCUCAUCCUACAGGUUAUUCCUGCUAUUUCUUCUCUGUCCUGGUUCACCACUGUCGUCCCUCUAGUCUUAGUAUUAACAGUGACUGCAGCCAAAGAUGCCAUUGAUGAUAUU